AUGGCCAAACAACUCGGGGCGAUGUACGAGGAGGUGAAGAAGCUCAAGUCCUCUUCUUUUAGAGAAACCGAUCUCAAUCAUCUCAACAUCAAGAUUCUUCCCCUCGACCUCGACCAACCAGCGAGAUCUGGCCCUCUUUUCUUUCGGCCUUUGAGAGAGGACAGGCUCUCAGGGGAAGAGGAGGAUAAUGGUCCCUUGGUCAAAGAGGAUUACGGAUCCCAAAGCAGUGCAUAUUCAGUGGGCAUUUCCUUGCACAGUGUCGGCUUAAUUGGCAGCACCGAAAGGAAAAUAUGCUCUAUUCUCAACCCUCACCCCUAUCCAAGUAGCUGA